UCGACCGCAGCUGAUCGAACAAGUCCUUUGCUCAUAUUUAGCUUUCCGUUUCCCUUGCAACAAUCGAAAGAGUUUCUGUUGCAAUCACAGACGAAUGGCGGAAGAUUCUGAGAAGCGAUUUCACUCGAUCAUGGACAAGCUAUUUCAUGCCCCUAAAACCAUCCAGACCUCCUCCUUCUCGUCCUCCAGUGUCUCUGGAGACCAAGUUUCUAGGGGCAAAAAGCGUCCAAAUCCAUCGACUGCAUUGGCAUUAGUGGAUCCAAGAAUGAGAGUGGAUAUUGUUGAGAGAUUGCGGCAUUCUGCUCCAAUCAGACAGUCAGAAGCUCCGCUAUGCAGACCAUGGGAUCGAGGAGACCUUAUGAGGAGAUUGGCCACAUUCAAGUCUAUGACGUGGUUUGCAAAGCCAAAGGCUGUGAGUGCAGUAAAUUGUGCUAGGAGAGGUUGGAUCAAUGUAGAUAUGGACAUCAUAGCCUGUGAAGCAUGUGGAUCUCAUCUUCUUUUUUCUACACCUUCAUCUUGGAUGCAGCAGCAAGUUGAGAAGGCCGCCUUGGUAUUUAGCUUGAAGCUGGAUAAUGGACACAAAUUACUCUGUCCAUGGAUUGACAAUGCUUGUGAUGAAUCAUUGGCACAGUUUCCCCCCACAACACCUCCGGUUUUAGUUGAUGAACUGAAAGGACGUUUGUCUGCUCUCCUGCAGCUUACGGCUCUUCCAAUUGUUUCAUCUUCAGCUGUUGAUUACAUGAGAAGCACUCAACUGGAAGAAUUUCUUAGACAAUCUUCAGUUCUCGAGAAUGAAAACUCAUCUUUGAAUGUCUGCCAAAUAGAAUGCCUUGAUGACGAAGGUGAAGCUGAUGCUGCAAAGUUGUAUUUUCAGGCACUAAAGCUCAUAGGUUUAUGCGGCUGGGAACCACGUCCUUUACCUUAUAUGGUCGACUGCAAGGACAGACCAAAGCACUCACUAAAAGAAGCAGAUAUCGUUAUUUCUCAGGUAGUUGAUGAUGGACAGAAUGUCAGCAUGAGUAGCCAUGCUGCUGGUACAGAUGAAACUACGGUGGCAAGUGAAGACUCCAGUUCUCUUUGUGGACAACAGACUGAUCCAAAGUCUGUUGUUUUAGAUUGUAGGCUUUGUGGAGCCAAUGUGGGAUUGUGGAUCUUUUCAACACUUCCUCGUCCUCUUGAAUCAUUCAGAUUAGUUGGUUUUACAGAAGGCAAUGGUGCAAACAAUACUGAAAUUCAUGAUACAGACAGCGAGAAUCAUGUUGACAAGAGCAUUGCUAUCGUAAAUACUACAAAUGGUGCAUCAUCAUCAAUGGAGAGACUUUCAAAUUUCAAUUUGACUAUUGCUGGAGGUCCUCCACCCACAAAACAGAACUUCAAAGCAACAAUUUCCUUCCCUGUUCUUGGCCGGAACCUAAGGGCCAGGCUUUCCUAUGAUUCUAGUUUUAGAGACCGUACGAAUAAGAGUAAAGAGAGCAUCCAAUCUGGUCCCAAGAAUGAUAGUUCUAUUCAGAUGGUAAAAGACCGCGAAGAAUGCAAUUUUAGUGAAGUUGAUCAAAAUAGCCAAGGAUGUAAUGAGAAACAGUAUAGAAGUUAUACACCCACCGAUGGAUCCCUUUGCUUGAACCACAACAAUCGUGAGAAUGGUGCUACUAGUACCAAUGAAAAUAAUGAGCACAUAUUGUUGGAAGGAAACAAUGUGAAUGGACGUGGAAGCUUGCCUGAAAUUGUUACACAUGAUAGUAUUAUGGAAAAACAGACAGAGAGCACACAUGGUAGGGUACCAGAAUUUGAUCAAAGGGAUAGGUUACCCGAAAAUGCAGAAAAUGGAUUGGUUCAUUCAGCGGUAGAUGAUUCCGGCAUUUUGCAGGUUUCAAGAACAGAUGUAUCAUGCAGUGCAGAUGUUUCUUCAGUUAGCCAUCUAGAGUCUUCAAAUACCCCUUCUUACUUGAAAGCCAAUGGAAAUGUUGAUAUUGGACCUACCAGUGUAUCAAGUGAAGGAAAGAAUCCAAAGCAACUCCCAUCAGAUCAGUUAAUGGAGUUUGAUCUAAUCAGGCAGCACAGACAUUUUUGCCCCUGGAUUGCAUCUGCUGGCAAUGCAGCUCCUGGUUGGCAACAGACACUAUCUGCUGUGCAGCGUCAGAAAGACAAUUCUCACUCUUCACCAACUACUACUUCAUCGCCCUCCUUAAUUCAGUUGGAUGAUCCCAUUACUUCAGUUAGAAGGCUUUUUGCUUCUCCAUCUGCAAAAAGAAUAAGGCCAACCCAUGGAUCAAGCUGAAGUUCAGUCUACGCCAUUGAUUGAUUUGAGUGGGGUGUCGGUAAGUCCUCACAAUUUUCCACCAAUGGCUGAAAUUGGAAUUCUCUCCAUUCGCAGAUGUUUUGAUGUGUAGCUUCCAAUAGAUGAUUUACUUAAUUUACCAUGUACUCUUUUGAAACCCAUGGGAACUAUAUGUAUUACAGUGAUGAGGUCUAGAACUAGAAUUUCCUACUAAUACAGCAAAAGGCCUCUCAA